CCGAUGCGGCACUAUCCUCCGACCCCUCGGACCCUAUCCGGGAGGCCUCUAGCCCCCCCCUCCUGAGGGUCCCUCCAGCGCUGCCCCUGGCACGCUCCAGCGCCGACCCGAGCAGUCUGCGCGUUCCUCCGACAGCUUGUGCUUCUGCGGUUCACUGUUCCUCCAGCAUCCCGCGUUACGACAUCCGAGAGUGGGAGGAGGCCCACGGCGGGAUGGUGCCAGAUCACCCAGCGGUCUUCACUGGCGCACAGACACGGGAGGAUCAGAUCUUCCGCGACCUCGACACUUUCUUGGCCAGCCACGGCGACCACAGGGUGAACGCACUGCCGGAGUAUGCGCAGGCGGGGGGGCACCUGGCCUACAUCGGCGUCGCCGUGAACGGCGAGGUGAAGCUCCAGAGGCUCCGCGAGCUCGCGAGCUCCUGGAACGACACGCACCUGUAUUACAACGACUUCAAGUGCUCGCCUCUGUGCCAGAAGGUUGUGAAAAUGUUUGGCACCCCAGGCCUCUUCAACGUGUCCUCGACGAAGUCCACCAACUUCCUCAUAGGGGGGCCCGAGAGCGGGCUGCCCUUCCACAAGCACACCAAAACUUGGCAGGGGCUGUCCGUGGGCAGGAAGGCCUGGUACGUGGUGCCCGCGGGGUCCAUGAGCGAGGCGGUUCACGAUGCAACGGGACCGUACAUCUUCCCUGUGCGCAGCUACCACCGCGCCAUGCAGAGACUCCCAGUGGGUCAAAGGCCGCUCUACUGCGUGCAGCACCCAGGGGAGAUCUUCUACAUCCCCGACUUCUGGUGGCACUCCACCAUGAACCUGGACGGAUUCCAGCUUGCGUACGGCGCCAAGCCUUGCUGCAAAGACCAGGUGAAGACGGACCAGCGCCGCGCCGUCAUGAAGGUGUACCCUCGGCAAGAGUGGGACACUGACGAGGAUGGUGGCUUCGGAUGGGGCAACCCGUUCCCGUACUCCAUCAUUCCGCGCGUGAAGGAGGUCGAGCGGGCGUGCAAGGGCGAGCCGAGCCGGUCCCCCACCGCGCUGGAGGAGCCGCUCCGCCGCAUGGCCGAGCAGGCGGCGAGGGCCGCGGAACUGCACGAGGACAAGGGCAUGCGGGACACCGCGGCCUUCGCGCACUGCGUCCUGGCCAAGAAGGCGAGCAGCUUCCUCGCAGGCCGCCGCUGCAACCAGUCCUCGCAGGUGCAGCGGGAGAUGAGCGCCUGCGUUGAGCGCUGGAGGAGGGUGGCCGCGAACCUCUCCGCGGUCGUGUCCCAGACGGAGUGCCCGCUCAGCUCAUGAGGAGCGGAGCCCACCCGCGCGUCUCAAGCACGCAGCGGCCUGAGGGUCUCCGCGCUCGUCAGGGCCGUCCUGAUCCCCAGGGGAGGAAAUUGGCCGAUCAUCCGCUCCAGCAGCAGUCUGCCAAUGGGCGUCCAAGGAACGCGUGUCUCGAGCAUGCGUCCCGGCAGGUUUCACCGUGUACGGCCCCCUUGCAAGAGGGGUUCGCAAGUCUCACCGAGCGCUAGCGUUGCGUCUAGCUCCCCCCCGCCUUCACAGCAGUUGGGCAGACUUCCAGGAAUUGCAGCACCAUGCAAAUCAAGACCGCCGUGACUGCCGAUUCGCAUGGAAUA